UUUAUAAAUAAACAGACGACGAGCUUUCAUGUGGGUCUUUGGCUUUGGAGCAGACAACUUUUGAUGGUUGGUCGUUGUUUUUCGUCCUUCAAGCAAUUAAAGUAUCAAAUAUUUCCUUGUUCAUUUUAUAAGUUCUAUAUUAUCUGCCUAUAAAAAAAUGUUGCAACGUGUCCAAAGCUUUUAUAUUAAUAAAUCCUGAUCAAGAUCUCAACGAUAUCGUUGAUAAUUACGCAGUUCUCGAUUAUGAUUGGAUUCUAACCUACAAACUUGAGAAAAAUGUGCAGCAAAAGCGGCGGCACGAGGAUAGAAUUUUGCAAAUUUUGUUGAAAGAGUUUUCGGACUCGAAGGAGUUUUUUGAAAAUAGGAUGGUCCUACGAAUUAGCUCCUUCCAUUUGCUCAAAAAGUGUUGUAAUAUAAGUAGCAGGUAUGGUGGACGUACUCCACAGGAAAAUUGCCUUCGAUUUUACGUUGCGUUACCACGGCUCACACCUCAGGAGGUCUCUGAUAUUCUACAAGGCAACGAAUUCAGCAAGGAAUUCAAUGAACUAUCUGCUGUAAAGAGUUACGAAUCGAAUCAGUUGGCAUCAAAUAAUCCACUUGAAGAUACGAAAUCUGAAGCAAAAUGUUUGUCAUCUAAGGGAAUUCUGUUUGGAAUCUUCGAUGGCCACGGAGGGGCGGCGUGUGCUCAAGUCGUAUCAAAACGACUUUUUCACUACAUUUCCGCUUGCUUGCUUCCCCAGGAUCUUUUAAAACAGUACUUAGAUUCAGUGAACACAGAUAAUAAUCUAGAGUUGCUAGAAACCUUCGACAGACAGGUGGAAUUCGUCGCAGAGAUCAGGGAUCUCUAUCGGUCGAGUUUUUUAACUUUUGUGAGGGAAUUAUCUCAGUCGGAUCCUAGCGAUGAGAUUCAAGUCGAAAAGGCACUCGAAAAAGCAUUUCUCAGGUUGGAUAGCGACUUUUCUAACGAAGCUCUUUUCGAUUUGAGCAGGAAAGAUGCUGCGAAAACUUUGGCUGUGGCAAUGUCUGGUGCUGUUGCUGUGGUUGCUCACUUUUGUGGCCCACAUCUACAUGUGGCUGGUUGUGGAGACUGUCAAGCUGUUCUCGGGGUUCUUUCCGAAGACGACACAUGGUCCGCAAAAACAAUGACCGUCGAGCACAAUAUCGACAAUCGAGUUGAAGUCGCACGAAUUCUCUCUGAACAUCCCGAGAGCGAAAGAACCACCGUCAUAAGAAUGGAACGUCUCCUGGGCCAACUAGCUCCUCUCCGAGCUCUCGGAGAUUUUAGAUAUAAGUGGAGCAAAGAGACCUUGGAGAAACAAGUCGUGCCGUUUCUCGGCGAAAGUGCUAUACCUCCAAACUACCAUACUCCUCCCUACCUGACUGCAAAACCGGAAAUAAAAUACCACAGACUGAGGCCAACCGACAAAUUUUUGAUCCUCGGUAGUGACGGGCUCUGGGAUAUGAUAACGCCACUCCAGGCUGUAAAACUAGUCGGGGAACACAUGAGAGGAAAGGUCACUCUGAGUCCUCUGAAGUUACCUCGAAAAAAUAUGAAGUUGUCAGAGGUUAAUAAAAUGCUUCUACAGCGAAAAGAGGGUCUGAAGAAAACACCGCAGGAUAGUAACGCUGCAACGCAUCUGUUAAGAAACGCCCUGGGUGGUACAGAAUUUGGAAUCGACCAUGGGAAGCUUUCUCAAUACUUGACACUUCCUAGUGAAGUCGUUCGAGUUUUUCGAGACGAUAUCACUAUCACGGUUGUGUAUCUAGACUCAGAUUUUGUAAGACAGUGUCCUCAGUGACCACAUAACUUUGUGAUACCCAGAUAUUAUAUACCGACUUAUAUACCAGAUACCUCAGGUCGUGGCCAUUUGUAAAUCGUCCAAGCCGGAAGCUGUAUAGCUACGAUGUUAUUUAUUUACUUAACAAAAAGAAUUUACAUUGCGAACAUGUGUUACGGUUGUUUGUAAAACUCAAAUGUAAAUCGUGUAAUAUAAGAGCUUUUUAAUUAA